CCUGCCACUCAUCUGACUCUUUCCCGUAGUGCAUAUCCAGAGAGUCACCAAAGCCUCGAGAGCAGAAUGGAACACUACCGGAGGGCUGGCUCUGUAGAGCUCCCAGCCUCAUCACCAAUGCCCCAGCUCCCUCCCGACACGCUGGAAAUGCGGGUCCGAGAUGGGAGCAAAAUCCGAAACCUACUAGGGCUGGCACUGGCUCGUUUGGAAGGAGGAAGCACAAGGCACGUGGUGUUCUCAGGCUCUGGCCGGGCUGCUGGGAAGGCCGUCAGCUGUGCAGAGAUUGUCAAACGGCGGGUUCCGGGCCUACACCAGCUCACCAAGCUUCGCUUCCUGCAAACUGAGGACAGCUGGGUCCCGACUUCACCGGACACGGGCCUAGACCCCCUCACAGUCCGACGCCAUGUGCCUGCAGUGUGGGUACUGCUUAGUCGGGACCCCUUGGACCCCAGUGAAUGUGGCUACCAACCCCCAGGUGCACCUCCUGGCCUGGGCUCCAUACCUAGUUCCAGCUGUGGUCCCAGACCCCGAAGGAGGGCUCGGGACACCCGGUCCUGAAGAUCUGCUGGACCUGACUGUACUCUAGACCUGAAUAUCUGUGCCUUCUCUAAGAAGUGCUUGUGAUUGCUCACCAUGCCAGCAGAGUCCACAGAAGAACUUCCCCUCCUCUCUGGAAUGUGGGAUGGAACUGUUAAAAGCACUGGUGUGGGUCCGGUCAGUGCUGAGUUAAAGACUGCGUGGGGAGAGCUUACUCUGUCUCUAUAGUAUGUCUGACUUGCCUUUUCUGACUAGGGAAGGGAAAUAAAGGUUGUGCCGGUUUGUUUGGCCUG